AUGAAGUUCCCAUUGAUGGGCUUCGACGCCACCAAUCGCAAAGCCAUCAUAUACGACGAAGGAACUGAGCCGUUUACCGGCACGACUUUGGAGGGUAUUGGUCAGGCUGUCAUUGGUGUAUUGAAGCAUCCUGAUGAGACAGCGAAUCGGUUCGUCAAAGUUCUCUCGAUCAAGACUUCGCAGAAUCAGCUAUUGAACGCUUUUGAAAAGACCGGGGGAUGGGAAAUCAGUCGAAGUACGACGCGGGAGUUGAAGGCUAGCGGCAUGGAGAAGUUCCCGCAGAGGAGCUCUGGAUGGACUCUUGAGCUGGCUGUAGCUCAACUGUACGAAUCCGGUGAAGCGAGGUGUGUUGUGACGCCUUGGUGGCUGGAGUCGGAGUCGAAGCUGUUGGGCGUGAAGGAGGAGUGCGAGGAGGGAAUCGUGAAGAUGAUAAUAGGGACCUGA